ACGUGAUCAGCCCUGAGCCCUUUCUUUGGGUUUCAUUGAGCAAUGCUCUAGUAGAGUCAACGUAGGCAAACAGCUGCCAGCACCCUCACCAUGAAAAUAGGAGGUGCCUCGGUGGUCCUUGCUCUGGCAUUUUUCUGCUUCUUCUCAGAUGUUGCCAGUCAAGCUUCGAUUAAGAAUGAAUGCAGGAAAAUGUGGUCACUCCUGCGCAGUGGGAAGUAUUCCUGUCCCAUCACCAAGGAGCCCUUCAGCAGCCCAAAUAAAAAAGGAGACCUCAACAAGUGCAUGAUGUGCCAAAGGCUGCUGGAAAGAGACUCCAAAACCCAAGGGAGUGGUGGAGAGGUGGACAGGAAUGUGAACUCCUUGGGAAAGGAUGAGUGUCGGGAGUUUCGGGAUCUGUUCAAGAGAGGGAAACUCUCCUGCACCAGGGAGAACGACCCUGUCCGAGAUGCCUCUGGGAAGCAGCACAGCAAUAAGUGCAUCAUGUGUGCAGAGAAGUUCAAAAGGGAGAAUGAGCAGAAGUUAUCUAAAAACAGACAAGGAAAAGAUAAGGAUGACUGCAGCGAGUUUCGCUCCCAGUUUGAAGCCGGCGGCCGCCUGUCCUGCACGAGGGAGAAUGCCCCUGUCCGGGAUGCCUCUGGCAGGCAGCACAUCAACAAAUGCCUCAUGUGUGCUGAGAAGUUCAAAAAGGAAGCUCAAAGAGAGGGUGGAAAUCUCCAGCGCAACAAAUUGCCUGCUUCAGAGAGGACAAAGCAGAAGAACUGUGGUGGCUCACGGCAGGGUGUGAACGAGAGGCGUCCCUUCUCCUCGGGCAGAGGCCCACAAGUGCAGCGAGGCAGGAACUGCAACCGGGCACCAGGCCGCAAGUCACAGAGCAGAGACAGCCACGAGGACCCCAUGCAGCUGGACUGUGAUCGAAUUCUGCAUGGGGUAAAGGGUGGAAGGAUUUUCUGCAGCGAAUCCUCACAACCAGUCUGUGGCACUGAUGGGAAAACAUACAAAAAUGAAUGUGACUUGUGUUCAGCUGCCAUGAGAGCUUCAAACUUCAUCACGGUAAACUAUCGAGGCGAGUGCCGAGAGCCUGGCCUUGCAGUGGAGUAAUGGAGUUCAGACUGCCAGCAAAUACCAGGGAUCAGCUGUGACCAAAGAGUGAGUAAAGAAAGCGUCGAUGUCGAGCAUCAGGGGAGCUGCCGAGCCCCCAGGACUGCCAGAGCUGCCUCCAUCCCCUUCUGCAGCACAUGGGGCCUGAGCUGCCUCCAUCCCCUUUUGCAGCCCACGAGGCCUGUCCUUGCUCAGGUGGAGGGCAAGAGGCUGUGGGCACUCAGUGGUGCCUCCCAGGUGUGCCCCGUGCAUGCUGCUGCAGUCCCUGCUGCCUCGCUGUGUCUAAACGUGCUUCUCCAAUAAACAUAACUCCUCA